UUAUGUAUCUCUACAAUUUAACAUUACAAGGAAUUACUUCAAUUAAUUGUGCUGAAGUUUGUGUUGCAAAAGGCUCAGUGCUUCAAUUAUUAUUUUGUGACCCAAAAACUGGAAAAAUUUCAGUAAUUUGCAGUUGUGAUACUUUUGGAAUAAUUAGAUCGCUUUUGACUUUUCGUCUUACUGGGAGUUCUAAAGAUUAUAUUGCUGUUGCCUCCGAUUCUGGUCGAAUUGUUAUUCUCGAAUAUUCUUUACAAAAACAUUCAUUUGAACGUGUCCAUCAAGAAACUUACGGGAAAUCUGGUUGUCGACGUGUUGUCCCUGGUCAAUAUUUGGCUGUUGACCCAAAGGGGAGAGCUCUUUUGAUUGGAGCGAUUGAACGACAAAAAUUGGUAUACAUUUUAAACAGAGAUGCUCAGGCAAAUCUAACUAUCAGCUCACCACUUGAAGCACAUAAAAAUUACAGCAUAUGUUUUUCAAUUGUUGGUAUUGAUGUUGGUUUUGAAAAUCCGACUUUUGCCUGCCUAGAAAUUGAUUAUGAGGAUUGUGAUCAUGACCCUACAGGUGAUGCUUACAAGCAUAUAAAACAGACACUCACGUUUUAUGAAUUGGAUCUUGGAUUAAACCAUGUUGUGCGGAAAUAUGCUGAACCUUUGACUGAACAGGGAAAUUUACUCAUUGGCGUUCCUGGAGGGAGUGAUGGACCAAGCGGAGUAAUUGUUUGCUGUGAAAACUAUUUAGUCUACAAAAACUUAGGCGAUCAACCUGAUGUUCGAUGUCCAAUUCCUAGGCGAAGAAAUGAUUUGGAUGAAAGUGAGCGUCCAAUAAUGAUUGUUUGUGCUGCUACACACAAGACAAAAUCAAUGUACUUCUUCCUUGUUCAAUCAGAACAGGGUGAUGUUUUCAAAGUAACUUUAGAAGCUGAUGGUGAUCUUGUGACAGAAAUGCGCAUUAAAUAUUUUGAUACAUUACCUGUGGCUAAUGCGUUGUGUAUAUUAAAGACGGGAUUUUUAUUCACAGCUAGUGAAUUUGGAAAUCAUCAACUUUUCCAAAUUGCACAUUUGGGUGACAAUGACGAUGAGCCAGAAUUUUCAUCAAGAAUUCCUUUAGAUGAAGGGGAAACAUUUUUCUAUGAUACUCGUGGUCUUCAAAAUUUAAUUCUUGUUGAUCAAAUUGACAGCUUGAAUCCAAUGAUUACAUCACAUAUUGGAGAUUUAGCUAAUGAAGAUGCACCUCAAAUUUAUGCACUUUGUGGUCGUGGUCCACGUUCAACAAUGAGAGUACUCCGUAAUGGAUUGGAGGUUGCAGAAAUGGCAGUUUCAGAAUUACCAGGAAAUCCAACAGCUGUUUGGACAGUUAAAAAGAAUGUUGAUGAUCCUUUUCAUGCACACAUUAUUGUCUCAUUCACAAAUGCAACUCUUGUUCUCUCCAUUGGCGAGACAGUUGAAGAGGUUACAGAUUCUGGUUUUCUCGGUACAACACCAACACUUGGCUGUGCAUUAAUUGGAGAUGAUUCACUGCUUCAAGUUUAUCCAUCAGGCAUUCGACAUAUUAGAGCUGAUAGACGUAUAAACGAAUGGAGAGCGCCACCGAAAAGGCCCAUUCAAAAAUGCACGAUGAAUAGAAGACAGGUUGUCAUUUCUUUGACUGGUGCAGAAAUUGUUUAUUUUGAACUUGACAUGAACAACCAACUACGUGAAUAUUCUGAACGACGUGAACUUACCUCGGAAGUUUUAUGUAUGAGUAUGAGCGAAGUACCUGAAGGAGAGCUUCGUUCUCGAUUUCUCACAGUUGGACUAGCUGAUAAGACUGUUCGCAUCAUUUCUCUGGACACAUCUGAUUGUUUGGCGCCAUUAAGUAUGCAAGCUUUACCAGCAGAACCUGAAUCACUUAUGGUCAUGGAAACAUCAAGUGAACAAACAGGCACGACUAGCAUAAUGCAUUUAAAUAUUGGUCUCCAAAAUGGUUGCUUGUUGCGAGCAACACUUGAUCAAGUUACUGGUGAUUUGAGUGAUAAUCGAACCCGCUAUUUGGGGACCCGGCCUGUGAAGCUAUUCCGUGUUUUGAUACAAAGACGAGAGGCUCUUUUCGCCUGUUCCAGCAGAGCUUGGCUUUUCUACAACUAUCAAGGUCGUUUUCAUUUGACACCGUUGAGUUACAGUGCACUCGAGCAUGCAGCUAGUUUUUCCUCUGAACAAUGCUCUGAGGGUAUUGUUGCAAUUUCUGAGAAUACACUUCGGAUUUUGGCACUAGAAAAGCUUGGGGUACUUUUCAAUCAAGUUGUACACAAACUGAAAUACACACCACGUCGAUUAGUUGUACAUCCAGCGUCACAAAAUAUGAUCAUCAUUGAAACAGAUCACGCAGCUUUUACCGAGAAAGGAAAACGUAGAAGACGUGAGGAAAUGGCAAAUGAUUUGAUUGAAAUGGCAAAGGAUCAAGAAGAAAAGGCUUUAGCUGAGGAAAUGGCACAUUCUCUAAGGAAUUAUGAACCAGAUGAAUCAGUAUAUGGGUCUGCUAGGGCCCAAGCAGGAAAAUGGGCAUCAGCGGUUCGCCUUCUGGUUCCUAAAACGGGCCAAACUCUAUGUCAAUAUGAACUGCCAGAGGGAGAAGCUGCAUUUUGUGUCGAACUAGUCAAUUUUCGUUCACAAAAUGACUCUACAUUUGUACUUGUCGGCUGUGCUAUUGAAUUAGAACUACGUCCAAAACGUUCAAAAGGUGGCUGUGUCUACACUUUUCUUUUGACAAACAAUGGAAUGCGCUUUGAAUUUAUUCAUCGAACACCAACACCACAUGAAGUUUAUGCAGUACAUGAUUUCCGUGGAAUGGCACUUAUUGGAGUGGGUAAUUUGCUUCGUAUGUACGAUUUUGGAAAGAAAAAAUUGCUGGCAAAAUGUGAAAAUCGGCAAAUCCAAGUUCAAAUUGUCGACAUAAAAUCAAUGGGUCCGAGAAUUAUUGUAUCAGAUAGUCAGGAAUCUGUUCAUUUCUUACGUUACAAAUCAAAUGUAAGUUUACUUUUUUUAAUUAUUGUUAGAAAUUGGGAGGUUUUUUGGUGUGAAUAG